AUGGCUCAGGCAGCUUUUCCACUGGUCAUUUUCUCUCCUUCUGGUGGACAUGAUGUAGACGUUUCGCCGUCCCAUUUUCACUGGACAGCGGGCGACCACGUAGACAAUGAAGUGGUUAAGCGCACUCGGCACUGGAUCCGCAGAUCUUCUCAGUGCAAGUGGCCCAUCUUGUUCUCCGUGCUGGCUGUCGUGGCCAUCACUCUUGGCUGUUGGCGCAUAUGUUUCGGGCCGAGAGGCCGCAAAAAUGGACAACGACGAUUGGCAAGUGGAUCAUCUGAGGGAGGCGACCCCGAGCUCUCAGCCAUACUUGACUGGUGCCUGGAAAUGGAAGAAGAGAGAAACAUGCUUCAAGCACCUUCACAUGUCCAACCUCAGACAGUACAGCGGGUGCAUGAAAUGCCUCAUUCCAGUCCCCACUACCAGCAAAUGCUGCAAGCAGGAGUGAUGAGCACGUUUGCAAGUGGAGGGCAGGGUUCCCCAGCUGUUUUACCAUCACAACACACAUUGCCACCACAGGCACUGCAGCCGCCUCAUGCAGAGACUCCUCUCAGCUCCAACUAUCGGCAUCUGCUGCCGACAGGCCAGACACCUAUGCCUGCAAGUGGGGAGAAUGCUUUCCGUGCCUAUUUAGGGGAAGGGCAGCUGAUGCCACCUACAACAAUGCCACCACAGGCACAGCAGCCGCCUCCUCGAGAGCCUCCCUCUAGUCCUUAUUAUCAGGAUCCGCUGCGGGCUGGCCGCACAAGCGCGCAUUCAAGUGGAGGGGGGACCAUUCGUGCCCUUUUAGAAGGAAGACUGCUGCCACCUACAGCACUGCUGCCACAGGCACAGCAGCCGUACCAUGGAGAGGCUGGUUCCAGCUCCCACUAUCAGCACCAGCUGCAUGCGGGCCAAACAAGCACGGUUAAAAAUGGAAACGAGGGUGCUCAACAACUUCCAGAGGGAACGAAGCUGUUAUCGCCUACAGCGUUGCCACCACAGGCAGAGCAGCCGCCUCAGGAAGACCCUCAUUCCACUUCACACUACCAGCAACUGCUGCAAGGAGGCACGGCAAGCACGCUUCCAAAUGGAGGUGAGGCUUCGCUUCCCGCUUCAGAAGAAAGGCAGCCGUUGCCACCUGUAGCAUUGCCACCACAGGCACAGGAGCCUCCUACUGAAGAGCCUCAAUCCUGUUCCCACUACCAGAACCUGCAGCAAGCAGGCACGACAGACACGCUUGUAAGUGGGAGUGAGGCUGUCAAUCCUUCGUCGGAAGUAAGAGGCCAGCUGCUAUCACCUACAGCACUCCCAGCACAGGCAGAGCAGCCGCCUCGUUCGAAGCGUUAUUCCAGUUUCCUUUACCAAACACUGAUGCAAACGAGCACGACAAACAGAUUUUCAAGUGGAGGGGAGGGUUCUCCAGCUGUAGAGGGAAGGCAGCCUUUACCAGCUACAGCAUUGCCACCACAGGCACUGGAGCCGCCUCAUUCCACUGCCCACUAUCAAGAACUGCAGCAAACAGGCGCGGCAACCACGGUUCCAAGUGGGGGGAAUGCUCCGCAUCCCUUUGUAGAAGGAAGGCAUCGGUUGCCACAUACAGCAUUUCCACAACAGGCGCAACAGCCGCCUAAUGGAGAGCCUCAUUCCAGCUCCCACUAUCAGCAUCCGCUACGUGCGGGCCAGAUAGGCACGUAUCCAAGUGGAGGGGAGACUUCUCAUCUUUGCGGAUUUCCACGCCCUAUUCAGAACCACCCAUGGCCUAACGAAGAAAGAGAGCAGCGCCAAGUGAUGUGGCCUGCCGUUUCUUUGAGGGCAAGAGACCCUUCGUCACAUGGGCCGGCGCCUCGGCAAACACUGGGCCCUUCUAUUGCACCUCCUCUGAGAGGCAACUUACGUACUGCAGAGAAAGGAGUGUCCAUCCCCGCUGCAGUUUCUUGGGCAAACGACGCGCGCUCAGUUCCGGCACUGAAUGAGCAUGAUCCGUACCCAGUUGAUCCAGCAAGUUUUGCCCCUAGCGUAGCCCAGUCUGGUGAAGGCGCGGGCCCAUUGUUUCAAGAUGCCGUUUUGCAGGUCCAGCAGCCUGGUGUAUUUCCCGGAGCUCAACUGAGCUCAGAUCAAGUGCAUUCUUCUCAGCUUUCUUCGGGUUCAAAUCAGAAGAGGCCUUUGGAAGAGCUUGACGCCGGCAGUUCACGCGAUAGGCCCGCCUGCCCAAAGAGGCGGAAAACGGAAAUUUUUCUGGAGAUAGAGCUGAUGAACGACAAAUUCGCGUCUGGUGGUACUACUAAGCCUCAAGCUACAGCCACGUCGGAAAAUCCGGGAACUUCAGACAACAGCCAUGCGAUGCAGCCGCCUAGCGACACUUCUGCAUCUGAGGGCCAAGCAGAUGCUGCACAAGCAGAGGACGCCGAGAGCAGCAGUCCACCUUCUGAAACACCCGAUCAAAAAUCAUGCCGCGCUUACGAGUCUUUAGUUACGCAUCCAUUUUACAGACUGCCAAGACUGGCGCCUGAUGUUAAGGUAAGGCAGUUUUCUCCGGAGAAAGCCUUUUCACGCGGCAAUUUGAUUUCUCAAGCUUCAGCAGUUUUAGGAUGGAUUCGCUCACUUUUGGGCAAAGAAGAGCUGUCGGAAAGAGAUGCAAACGAGCUUGUUGCCGCCGCGGAGCGCGCUGUGUGUCAUUUAUUUCAUUUUCAUCAGUCACCUGUUCUAAAGCUCGGCGCCUCUCAAGCUGCCAUGGUUUUGGCGCGCCGGUAUCUUAUGUUAGAUGCGGUUGUCAGUAUCAUGCAUGUUGUAGGGCCGGCAAUGGUUGCGCAUCAGUGGUGGCCUGAGCUUGCCGCUGCGCUACCAACAACGCUGCAUUUCGGAUAUACCCAUUCACCAUAUAGGAGAACGAGGGCUCUCGAGGAACUUGCGACGAGGCUAAGUACGGCAGUAGAACUGCUAAAGAAGUGCAUUCGGCCCUCGCCACAGGAGACUGUUGAACUGAAGCGAGAGCUAUUUUGUAAGAAGACGUCUCCUCAGUGCUUCAUGGGGCUUCAGUGGGAGGCCUGGCGAUUGGAUGACGGACUUUGA